AUGGCGUAUGUUCCGGACCAUUACGAGGGCUCAGUGCCUGUUUUCAAGCCAGAUCAUGCGACGUUUCAGGAUUUUUACAAGUUCAUGACGGAAGUAGACAAGUAUGGGCUGAAGUCAGGGAUCAUAAAGAUUAUUCCACCGAAGGAGUGGUUGGACGAGGUGCAGUAUCCGCCAUCUGCGGAGACGCUUCAGAAAAUUCGGAUCAAGACUCCGAUCCAGCAGCAUAUCAGCGGUUCUAAAGGUGUGUUCAUGGUGCAGAACGUCGAGAAACCGAAGUCGUACAACAUCAUACAGUGGAAGCAUUUAUCGCAGGAUUACAAGCUGCCGGAAGGCCGUCAUUCGGCCAAGACCUCUGGCAGCACCGAGGGUCCAACCACGGCUGGUGGGGCCACGGCUGGUGAUGCCACUGCUGCUGAAAAGUCGCAGCAACCGUCCGAAGAACACACCAGCAAUAAGAUGAGGUCGAAGAGCCUGGACUCCUUCACACUGCAGGAUUUCGAGUCCUUUAGAGAGCAUUUCAACUGUGACAAUCUAGAACAGUUUGACGAUGAACAGCGGAUCGAGUUCUUGGAGAACUAUUACUGGAAAACUCUAAAUUUCACAGAGCCAAUGUACGGUGCUGAUAGCCUGGGUUCUCUUUUCGAAGACUCGGUCAAGGAUUGGAACGUUUCGUCCUUACCAAGCAUCCUAAAUUACUUGGAUGAAAAGGUUCCUGGCGUGAACGAGUCAUAUCUCUACGCGGGUUUGUGGAAAGCUUCCUUUGCAUGGCAUCUCGAGGAUCAAGAUCUAUACUCGAUAAACUAUAUCCAUUUCGGAGCACCAAAACAAUGGUACAGCAUUCCGCAAGAGGAUUCGGAGAAGUUCUACAACUUCAUGAAAGAACUAUUCCCAGAGGAGUCUAAAAACUGUUCCGAAUUUCUUCGCCACAAGAUGUUCCUCGUAAGUCCUAAAUUACUCCAAAGUAAUGGUAUACGAUGCAAUCAUAUCGUACAUCGUCAGCAAGAAUUCAUUGUGACAUAUCCUUACGGAUACCAUGCUGGCUUUAAUUACGGAUAUAACAUGGCAGAGUCAGUGAAUUUCGCACUACAGUCGUGGCUGGAUAUUGGAGCAAAGGCUAAAAAGUGUAUGUGUAUAGAUGAUGCGGUUGGAAUUAAUGUUGAAAAACUAAAGGCAAACUAUCUCAACGCAAAGGAGAAGAAACUCGAGAAUGGUAAAGUGAAAGAAGAGGAGGAUAGCGAGAAAACUCAGGAAGAGGCAAAGGAAGAAAACCCGCCUUUGAAAAAGAUCAAGAUUGGCUCAGAAACCAAUAAACUUCUAGACUCUGCAAAAUCAACUCCUGACUUUUUGGCUAAAUCGCAAACAGAUGCAUUGGAAGACAAACCAACUUUAGAUGGUUUGAACGGCAAUAAUUCAAUUAGAUCAGGAACCCCUAACAGCCAAAAGACGUGGAUGUAUGGGACAGGAAGUAAAAGGGACGGUGCGUUUAAUAAUGGCUCAUCAAUAUCUAGGGUUUCUUCCCCACUCCUGUCUAGAAUGAUGGAUUUGUCCCAUAUAGUUGAACCAACGCUGGAAGAUCCUACUCUGAAAUUCAAAAAAAAGCAAUCGCAGUUCAUGCCUUUGUCUAUGGCUCAACAACAGGCAAUUUAUCCGCCAACUCAAAACCCCAUGCCUGCGCCUCCUGUCCAAAUGUCACCAUCUGACACCUCAUUUUUUUCCCCUGCGCAUGAUCAUGAAGAUAAUUUGAUUGCAUUAUCAUUAGCAUCCAUGGCAAACUCCUCGCCAUCAUUCAACCAACUUCCACCACUUAACAUAUCAAACCCAAGACCAUACUCACCAAUAUUACAAGAUUCCAUUUUAUCACCAAGACCUUCUUACAACUCUAACGUUCUAUCUUACGGACAAGCUGGAAACACCAAAUCUCCUUUGGGAAGUUUUGGUUCUAAUUCUCAACUGCCGUUCAUUAAAAGGAUACAGUCUCCUAACAGAGUCACACUUAAUAUAUCCAGAGAGUCGUCCAGGUCGCCUGUGUCUCUGAGUGGUUUAUAUGGUACAUCUAAUCCUAUGAUGGCACCAGUCCCACACCCUUACCAAUCUAGUCAAACAAGUACUUUGAACCAAGUUUCAACGGCAGAAAGAUCUCCUGCGGUAACGCCACCUAGUUCACCAAGUAAAUUGAAGGCUUCCAAAAAGAGAUCAGCCAAACAAGCAAAGGCUAAGCAAGAACCAGAUUCACCUACAUCAUCGUUAUCUCAAACUAAAAUAAACGACGAGGAAAUAAUGUUUUUGGAUGAUGGUUCUAAAGUUUAUGUAUGCCAAGAGUGUUCAAGACAAUUCUCCUCGGGACAUCACCUCACUAGACACAAAAAAUCAGUACAUUCGGGAGAGAAACCGCACUCCUGUCCAAAGUGUGGUAAGAAAUUUAAAAGACGUGAUCAUGUUUUGCAACACUUGAACAAAAAAAUCCCUUGUGUGCCUGAUAACGACGAUGCAGCAAAAGCGGGUGGUUAA